AAUGUCCUUAGGAUCUAUUUCCGUUAUUCAAAUACUAUUUGUAUAACCAAUAAUUCUAUAUCAAACUUGCGUUGAUUACAAUAUCAAUGAUUGUGAGAAUCAUGGUUGGUCUCUACCUGGAAAAGUUUUCGACUGCUCAGGAAACUUAAUUAUAGGAAAUUAUAUUAAAGAAGAAAUUGUUGAGAAAAAAUUUGAAAUUCCUCCCCAUUAAUUAUUGAGAUUUUCAGUGACUAUUUACAAAAUUGAUUCUUGGGAUAAUGAAGGAUUUGAAAUUUCAGCUAAUGAUAAUAUAAUUUAUACAAAGAUUUUAGGGGAUUAAGAUGGGAAUGGAAAUUUGUGUGGACAAACCGCUUGGAAUGAUAUGCCUUUUUAUUAUGAAAAAGAAAUGAAAAUAUCUGAAUAUGAGUUAUAAGUUAAAUUUUAAAAUCAUUUAGAUUAAGGUCUUGAUGAUGGUAUAUUUUUAGAUUAUGAUAAGAAUAAUGGGGGUUUAGAAAUUUUACUCUAGAAAUUUUAAUUCCUUGUGUUAAUUUUUAUGCGGAAUGCAAUUAUUAGGGAGAAUUAUUUUAAAUGUGUUAGGGAGAUAAGACUUAAUUUCAAUCAGAAAUUCCAUUUGAAAUACGAUCAAUACGAAUGAACAAUAAUACAGUUAUAAUAUUAAGAGGACCUCAUUAUUCUGGAGGAAAUACAUAACAAUAUACAACAAGCCAACCAUGCCUUGAUUCUUACAAAGUAAAAUUAACAAUUUUAUUCAGUUUCCUAAAGUUUUAUAGGUAGAAUGAAAUGAUUGACAUAUCAAAG